UAUCACAAAUACAGGCAGCUACUGCUGUUGCUUCAGAAAACUUAAGGAAUGUUGAAGAUAACAUCCAAAGGCAAGCCUGGCAGCAGCCUUCAUGUUUGUCUCAUAUUCUUCAAGUUGGGAUCCUGCCAGUUCAAGCCAUUGCAACUACAACUCAAUCUGCAGAUGAAGCUAUACAUGGUUGUAUUGAAACGUCAAAGUUGAGAAAAAAUUUGCUAAAGAUCAAAGUCUACACUGGAACCAGCUUCUUGAAAGACAGUACAGGAAACCAGAAUCUGCCUAAUGGUUCUCAUGAAGAUAUUGGGAUCACCAUUGAGGCCUUGGAAACUGAAGGAAUUGACUUAACAUCUCUGGUAUGUGACCCUUUAAACUCCAGCAAGGAAGGACCAUAUGUAUUUCACUUUCCACCUAAUGCUUCAAAAAAUAAGAAAUCAUAUUUUAAGAAAAAGUCUCCAGAUGAGACGCCUUCGUAUGAGCGUAUAUGUGAGGUACUCCAGCGAAACUCUGCUGCUCUGCAGCAUAAUCCUAAUGAAAGUGCCAUCAAAAUGGUAUAUGAUCCUGAAACAGACAAGAACAUUGUUAUACAGGUGAUGGGAAUGACAACGUCAAAAUCUGUGAUGUUUAAAAGUCAAGCAAGAAAAUCUAAGAAAACGGCCAAUGUAAAGUCUCGGGAUAAAAGCAGUGGCUGUGGCAAGAAGGCAGCGGGACUGCAGCGGACCCGCAGUGGCCGCAUCAGCCGCCCUCCUCAGCACCGAGUGAUGGAUUACAAGCUCCUCAAGCCUGUAGAUUAUGACACCGAUCUCGACAACACUCUUGGCUACCACGAUUAUGACUCCUUACAGUCAGAGACCAAUGAUCCAAACCAAGCAUUUGCAAAUCUCAAUGAUGAUAUCCACCGUAAAAAAAGAAAUAUCAUGUCGCCAGAAGCCCGAGAGCGAUACACAUGUCUCACGUGCAAAAAACUGUACAUGGGCCAGCAGAAGCUGCUCCGACAUUAUCAGCAAUUCCCAAAACAUUUCUGCAAUAAUUCAGUCUCACCAAUUCAGAUUGAACGUGCAUCAAAUCAAGCGACACUUGCUCCCAGUUUGAAACAUCUACCUAAUAAAUCCUAUGAGUCAUCUGUUGAUGCUGAUUGUUGCAUUGUUCAUAAUUCACUUGGCCCUCAGCAGAAUAGUUAUAGUUCCACGAACAUCUGCCAAACACAAUCUAAAUUUUGUAAUAAUGUAGUAAAUGGUUCUACAUCUAACUGCAGCCAAACCACCCACAAGAGUACUACUGCCAAUUUUUCGUCAAACUCUAAUCAUGAGAAUAAGCAACAUUUUACCAAGAUAAAAAGUGACAAAUCAUCAAAUAUCACUACUGUUCGGAAGAUUGGACAUAGUCAUAAAGAGACUAAUGUUCUGGCAUUGAAAAUGUCACUACUCCCAGACGAGAUAGCUUCUGAUUGGCUCAGUGAGAGACCUGUCGUUGGCUUAUCUGAGGGGAAUGAUGUCGCAACUUCUGAUGGCGACGUAGUGUGUACUGCAGAGACUACAAAACGAGGAUCUUCUAUUGGCAUUAAUGUUGUAAAAUCUGAUGAACCUGAGUUUAAAGUGGAUUCUAAUGUUCAAUGCAACAACAUCGACGAUGCUAAUAAAGCGGUAAUCUCUCGACUGCUUGAAAUGUCUUCACAAACCAAGUGCUAUCAAACUGGUGACUCACUCGCUGAUCCAGAACUCUCAUUAGCUUCAAGCUCUACACUGCAACUUCCUGUCAGUUUUACUGUACAAUCUACAAAGGAUGACUGUUUGGUUCAAACGAAAGCAACAGAUAAAGAAUCUUUUGACCAAAUCCUGCCGUCAAAAUACAAGACCUCAACGUCUUGUAUUUUCGAGUCUCCAUCGCUUAGUGCCUCCUGUGUUAGCACCACCUUUAACAUUGGAGGCUUUUCCACCUCGUUUGCAGCAGAUGAUUUGGUUUCGAUCGUCGAUUCGAGUGAUUCAUUACAGAUUAAUAACUCAUUUGUAGCGGCUGAUCUGGAGUCGCUCAAGCCUCUCGUCAAACGUGAAGAUUUUCAAGCUGAGUCUGAUUCAAAGAAAUUGGACCCCAGCUUCGAAUCAUUAAUGAACAGCAACGGCUGCGCGGAUUCUGAAAGCAAGGCUGACACCAGUGGUAUAAGUGCUCCAAAAAUGAAAAGGAAUUUUGAAGUAAGCUCACCUGAAAUAUCCAAUCCGUCUUUCUCGUUACCCCCCUUCAGUGACUUCGAUGACGUCAUGAGCAAACAAGAACUGGAAUCGUCAUCUUUGACUGACAGCAAUAGCUUAUUCGUAGCCGAGGUUCCUCCACUAACUUUGUCUUUGACGAAUACAGCCGCUAAAAAUAACGAGAAGUUGAGCGCCAAGACCAGCACGGCUCUCAGCCCCACGCCAGGCACCAGACCCACUGACGGUAAUCCUGAACCAUCGUUGCCCUUCGAAACAGAUUGCGGUGUGCAGACGCCCCGAUCUUCGCUCCUACCGUCCGCUAAUCUUCUAUAUUCGACGCUACCAUUUGUGUCGACAUCUCCUGCGAAGGCUGCUGGCUCCAGUGUACUUGUAAGCCCUGCGGCUAUCGAAAAAUCCCAGUCAAAGUUAGACAACUCAUUUAGUAAAUCACUUGCCAAACCUGACGCUAUCUGUGCGAAAGCAACUGAUAAAAUUUCCCAAAAAAAUUCAGCACUAAAAGUUCACAUUAAAAAGAAUUCAAAUGAUGAAUAUUUUGCUGUGACGCAACUUGAUCCAAAUAACCCUAAUUCUGAUUUUGAGCCCGUCGUUAAUACCUGUUCACCUAAUCUUCCUUCGAGAAGCGCUCUGACGACCCAGGUCUCUGAAUCAGAUGAAACUUUGCGCCCAGCUACCGCUGCCCUGGUCCCUCUCGACAACUAUAAUUCUGUUAAACCUUUUGAUGUUCAAUUGUCUAAAACAAACAGUCGAGGUAAGACCCGAGGCCGAGGAAGAGGUAGAGGAAGAAGCCAGAAGUGCGGCACUGCUUCACCUCCUGUAAUCCCUGGGGCAUCUUCAGCAACUGAUGCUCUAAGUACUGUUAUAAGCUCCUUAUCUGCGACUGAGAUAGCCGAAGCAGUGUUUCCUCGGCUCGUGCGUGACUUGUCUCCUUGGGAGCUCUUGUGCCAUCAAGCUGCAUGCGUAUCAUCUAUUACUCCGACUAACCAGUCUUCUACGUGCGCUAAGAAAACUCCUCAGCUUGAGAGAAUAUCAACUGCAGCUGCCUUGCUUUCAAAGAUGCUGCACCAGUGUGGUUUGGAAGUGAAGAAGGCACUACAGUCUUCUACUGGACAUCCAGAUGAGGCCAAUGAUGCUAACAAAAAUGGAGUAGCAGCUUCUAUGGAGAUACCUGCGAACGUUGGAAUCGCAAUUGGCAUAGAACUGGACAAAUACCAACACAAGGUUCAGAUUGCCAAGUCUGCCGAGAUGACAUCUUCUUCGCAGCUGAAUUCUCAGCCAGAAGAUAGACGUAUUCUUUUGAACGAGAACUCUACUCAAGAAGUUAAAGUGAAGGGCGCAGGAGAGAAAUAUCACGGGUCUAAAGGACAAAACGUUGCUGAUAGCGAGUCACAGAUAUUUGUCACACCACACACGUCAAGUUUUACGCUAGAAUCGACGGUGGCUGUGGCUUCAUGUCAUGCCACGCCGAGCGUUCCCCGAACUACCGACACUGAUACUAAUCAGGCACUGUCCUGUGAGAUUUUAGGGAUUCAGAAAGAUGCAGGCGAAUAUAUGACCAAGAUAAGGCAACCACAUUCUGUCCAGCAUCUUCAGUCGCCGUCAUCUGUUGGUCCAGAUUUCACUGGUGCUUUUGUAGACACUGCUGAAUGUCACAUGAAAUCUGCAUUAUGCAAUCCACAAAAAAUAUCACCUCGAUCAGAAACGCCUUUAGUUGAUAACAAACUGCGUGUUAACGGAACAGCAGAAUCGUUUCAUUCGAAUCUAGAAUCUAAUGCCCAAUCGAUUACUUCUGGUUCGGACAAACUGUCCUCGAACGAGGCCUCGUUAUCCGACUCACAAUUCGCUUCGAAAAAUAAUGAAUGCAUAUCUGCUACUUUGGCAACCGGCAUCCGCCAACAGUUGAAAGAACAGUUGUUUAACGCUAAAACCAAGUCAAGCAAAACGAGACAUUCCUCUAAUGCCCAUUCCUGCGCUAAAGUGCGAAGCGAUCCUUCUUUUGAUGCGACGUUUUCCGACAACUCCAGAGGCGAUCCCCUGCUGGGAUUUUCCUCGAAUGCCGUUGGGUGUACGCAACAAGUGACUGCUUCAUUCCUCAUUAAUAAUUCGUCUAGUGAGAAACUGCAUCCUGCAUCUAAUCUGAACCAUAAAAACAUGGUAGCGUCUUCACAGCCAAGACAAUUGCCGGAUCGCGAAGACAAAGUGGUACCGUCACCUGUUGAAUUUUCUCCACUUUCAUUUUCAGAGUGCACUACGUCUUACGACCUUAAUUCUUUCCUUCUUCAAGGUAGUACGCCUCCUCGGGAUGCUACUGCAGUAACUAAAGCGUCUUUCCGUAUUACGCACGACAACACACCUGUAUCCCAACUCUGUGACUCGGAAAAUUUUACUUUGAAUUCUGCGAUUGCACCAAACAUUUCGAACUUACCACCACCACAACCAAUGCCUUCUGAAGAAACUCUUCGUGAUUCAACCUUGAAUAUUGCUGGUUUUGUCGUGCCGCCAUCUACAUUACCAGUGAGCAUUCAAAGUGACACUCCAGCGCAUGCUAUUGAUGCUCCUGCUGGUCCAUCAUGUACACAAAGUAAUGUGGACGAACAGUCAUUCAAUUCGGAUAAUUUUAAUUACGAUGGUAAAAUUGAGUCGAGUUCAUUUGCAAGUAAGUCAAAUUUUUUGAGAAGUGACGUGCGAUAUGAUUGUCCCAACUCAACAAACUAUAUUCCGAGCUCUGUGUUCGAUACUUUCUACGUGCAACCCUGCAGUCUGCCUAACGCCGUUUCCAAGUUGCCAACUUCUGUCCCUGAAAAUCCUUCAGCUUAUGUUUCUAUUCAUGUAUCUUCCGUUGGCAGUACCAAGGCUUCAUCUCCACCGCCUAAGAAACUAAAAAAGCAAUCGAAAGAUAAAGGACGUACAUCAUUUCUAUCUAAGUUCACCAAUGCCAACUUCAAAGAAGUAGUCGAUCCUUCGUCAACGUGUCAGCCCAUAACAUCUCUCAUUCAUUCGCAAUCUCAGGCUGAAAAAAAUAAGAAAGGCGAAGAAAAGAAAAAUGGGUCAAAUUCUCAUAAGAAGAAAAGUUCUAAAAAGAGGGAUUUGUUAGUGUCAGUUGCAAAAGUUAGUAUAAAUAAUGAUAAUAGUGCAGCAUAUGGUCCACUGCAGGCUGCUACUUCAUCUCAUAUUUCUGACAACGGUUCGAGUGUCACUCCUCCCGCUACCUCACCAAUAGCAGCACUCCUGCAGUCAUCAUUCCACUCAGUACUGUCGCAGGAUGCCGCAGGAGUGACCUGCAGUCAACAGUCCGAUGUUAGUAAUCAUUUUGCUGCAACCCUUAGCCCGGAUAUUGGUGUAUGUCCCGUCUCUAGGUCUUUGGCUGGUCGAGGUUUCGCACUAACUGGAUCAUCUGAAACGCCUCCAUUGGUCAACUCAUUGGAUCAUUCCAGUUCUCAAACUGUCGUGUCUCCUGCUGGCUUCCAUCCUGCUCUGAGUCCCACUCAGAGUUUCACUUUUCCCAUACCAGCUUGUGGAGGAAAUGGUAGCCUAUCAUCAAUGGAGGGGAAUAUUAUGCCCAUUGGCAAUUCGAUUUCUUCUACCUUCGAUGGAAAUGUAAGCAUUAACGGUACCACAUUUAUUACUUCUCUGUCUUCGCACGUUAUGAUCCCCAACACUCAGUGCAUUAAUGUGUCGGCGCCGAGUUUCAAUUCGAUGUCUCUUUCUUCUCAUCCUCCAUAUCUUACUCUUCCGACCAUCUCAUCUCCGAAAACCGUCUGCUCUACCCCUUCCUUCGGCACUUCACCUGCCCCUCCAUACUUCAUGUCAUCUUCACUUCCUUCGUCAUAUUCAUACAUCAUCGGUUCAAACUUGAACCAAAGAACUCUAAUGCGAAGUACAUCUAGUAUGAUUCCCAUUGCAAGAACACCUCCUCCUUCAAUUCAAAAUUCGAGUAGUACUUCUCCUAUCCUAAAUUCGUUCAUUUCAAGCUUGCCCAGGAUCACGUCUCCUGUUAUAAAUCAAGACGGUUCUAUGCUCUAUACUUCCUCAAGAAUAGCUGCCGGCUCUUCGAUGAGUCCACCAUUGACUUCUCUGCUGCCCGCUACUCAUGGUAGCAUUUCUGCGUCUCCCGUGAGCCAUGCCAGUAGUCCAUUCAGUGCUACCACGUACGUCUCCAGGGCUGCUUGCUACACACCCUUAAGAGGAAUUACUAGACCUCUCCUAUCCCCCACCACCUUGCUGGGCCUACCAUUCUCUUCUGUAAGUCCGGAUAUGGCUAACCUUGAGCCUCCUUUGCCCUCAAACUCUGGAACAAUACCCGCUCUCAGUGAAUUAGAACUGACCUCAGAUGAUCUCCCUCGCCUUUUGUCGACGGGCGAUAACAGUAGCCAAAGUUGUGGUGCAUCAAAACUACUAGACACAAAUACCGCUGAUCUUACCGAGAUGAUACAGAAGCUUCAACAAGAAACCGCCAAUUCCGAAUGUCUCGGAAAUAGUGUCGCUCAACUUUCAGCUCCCAUUACCAACGAUUGUCGCCCUCCUGCUCCAAGUUUCAGCGGUGUCCUUCAGUCAAAGUUAUCCGAUUGUGAUGCUAUUUGUGAGAUUAAUUCUCCGCCCAACGAUGCCGGAGUCGUGACAACUUGCGUAGAAUCAUGCUGUGGAAAUUUAUCUUCUUCCAGCCAAAUUAUUCUUCCCCCUUCCGCGUCCUUGAUUUCUUCUCAAUCCGCUAUUUGUCAUCCAAAUGUUUUGAGAGAUCUCGACUUCUCUGUCCCUUCGUUAGCUGCAAGCUGUUCCAUGAUCACAUCUUUCACUGAUGUGCUUUCGACCGAUGAGCAUUUUUCAAACUCGAAAUCAUCUCGGCAAUCUCCGUCUACCGAGUGCACUCUGACAAAUAUUGGUUCGGAUCUUCACGCUGAAGCCGUUCUAGGUCAAAGUUCAUCACACGUGAUGAGACAAGUCAGCUCGGAGCAAGACACCGCUAACACAUUGGCAAAUAAUAAGACACCAUUGAAUAUAGCUCAACACCUCCAAAAUUCCACCAAUUCCGUUGCAAUGGUCAGAUCGGCCUCAAAGCCUAAGAGACGUUCACGUACCAAUAAAACAAUUGCAGUGCACAACGGAAUCAAAAGAACCAACGUUAGAAAAAAUUUAGAAAUCGUUGAAGGUGACGAGUCAUUUCUUUCCCAAAAAGCUAUCGGGAAUACGCCAGAAAUUUUUAUUGCUAACAGAGCCAAAUUACUUCUGAGUUCAGGUACUGAGUCUGGGUACUGUAAUCGUCAUGGCUCAGACACCAACUCAACUGAUGCUACCCAUAAUGUCAUCGCAGAGCGUGGCAACGAAACUCUUUUCCAGAAUGACCAAAACAUGCACAAUUCGGACAUGCAAAAUAAUUUUCGUACAGUUCCUCGGAGUUCGAUAAUAUCCCAAGAAAAUACAAGUAUCCCUUUUUGUGAAUCUGACUCUGGUGGAAAUUUUUGCAACUUUUCUCACGACCUGAACGGAGUGACCGAAUCUGCUUAUCCUAUCGCCACCACCAGUUCUGAAGAUGAUCCAUCUUCGUGCCAUACGACGUCGUCUUCGGAAAUAACCAUGAACACAAUUUACAAUGAUUAUCAGUAGCUUAUGUCACUUUCCCAAACGUUCCAUUAUUAACUUGGUGUCUUACGAAUAUGGGCGCAACUUUCCUACAAGCUACACACAAGAACUCCAUGCACUGACGAUCCUCAGCAUUGAAAUUGAGGGGAAAUGUAAGUGGGUUUUGUUUCCUGGUGCUAAUAUUUU